CAGAUGGGUGGACAAAUGGAGGAACCAACGGAUGGCUGAGCAGCCUUUCUUCUUCCCACAGGCCACGCACCAUGAGUGACUGUGUGCUCCCCUCCCUCGGGGUCGGCCUCUGGCUGUUGCUGGGGGCUGCCAUGGGACUUGGCCAGGGUCAAGCAAGCGGCCGCCUGAAGCUGGUGGUGCUGCCUGAGGACCGGCUACAGAUGACGUGGAGGGAGUCGGAGGGGCGCAGCCUUGGCUUCCUGGUGCGGGUGAAGCCCAUGGCAGGGGACCCAGAGCAGGAGGUGAUGCUGACAACCAAGACCCCCAAGGCCACGGUGGGGGGCCUGAGCCCCUCCAAAGGCUACAGCGUGCAAGUCUUCGAGCUCACGGGCUCAGGGAACACCCUGCUGGCUCGGAGGGAGUUUGUGAUCGAAGAUUUGAAGAGUAACUCCACGAGCAGGAGCGGCAGGAGGCCAGCGGGGGCAGCCCUGGAGCCCCCCCCCCCCCACGUGGGGAGCCUAGACCUGGAACCCUGGUUGGCCUUGGCCCCAAGCCAAGAUCUGCCCACAUUUGGUGGGUCGAAGUUGGAUGGGGGAGUGCCUGGAGAGGGGCAGCACCCACCCAGGAGCCCCACUGGAAAGGCCCCUGCUCAGCCCCCACCAGACCCGGAAGGGCAGAACCACGCCAGGGCCUCAGCUGGAGGGAGAGAGAAGCCAGCUGGUGCCCGGUUCCGCUGCACACCCCCCAUGCCCGCGGACAUGAUCUUCCUGGUGGAUGGGUCCUGGAGUAUCGGCCACAGUCACUUCCAGCAGGUCAAAGACUUCCUGGCCAGUGUCAUCGAGCCCUUUGAAAUCGGGCCGGACAAAGUCCAAGUAGGCCUGACUCAGUACAGCGGAGCCCCCUGGACCGAGUGGGACUUGAACACCUUUGGCACCAAGGAGAAGGUCCUGGCGGCCGUCCACAGUCUCCGCUACAGAGGGGGAAACACGUUCACAGGCCUGGCUCUGACCCACGUGCUGGAGCAGAACCUGAAGCCCGCAGCAGGUCUCCGUCCAGAGGUGGUCAAGCUGGUGAUUCUGGUGACGGAUGGCAAGUCCCAGGAUGACGCCCGCACUGCUGGCCAUGUCCUCAAGGGCCUGGGUGUUGACGUCUUUGCUGUGGGUGUGAAGAACGCCGACGAGGCUGAGCUGAGGCUCCUGGCGUCCCCACCGCUGGACAGCACUGUCCACAGUGUGCAGGACUUUCCCCAGCUUUGCACGCUGGCCGGCCUGCUCAGCCGGCUGAUCUGCCAGAAGAUCCAGGGCAGGAGCCUGCGCAGGGGGUCCGUUACACCAGCAGCAGCCACUCUGGCCCUGGACCCCCUUUCCACUCCCACCAGCCUGGUCCUGACCCAGGUGACCUCCUCCAGCGUCCACCUGUCCUGGACCCCAGCCCCACAGCCACCCCUCAAGUAUCUGAUUGUGUGGCAGCCUUCCAAGGGCGGCACCCCCAGGGAGGUGGUGGUGGAGGGGCCCGCCUUGUCCACAGAGCUGCACAACCUGACCUCCAGCACAGAGUACCUGGUCUCCGUGCUCCCUGUCUACAAGGCCGGAGUCGGCGAGGGCCUGCAGGGCCUGGUGACCACAGCGCCCCUGCCCCCACCCCGGGCGCUGACCCUUGCUGCAGUGACGCCCAGAACCGUCCGCCUCGCCUGGCAGCCCUCGGCUGGGGCCGCCCAGUACCUGGUGCGCUGCUCGCCCGCCUCCCCCAAGGGUGAGGAGGCGGCGAGAGAGGUGCGGGUGGGGCAGCCGGAGGUGCUUCUGGACGGCCUGGACCCGGGCAGGGACUAUGACAUCUGGGUGCAGAGCCUGCGAGGGGCAGAGACCAGUGAGGCCCAGGGCAUCCGCGCCAGGACUCCCACCCUGGGCGCCCCCAGACGCCUGGACUUCUCGGAUGUGAGCCACGACUCGGCCCGCGUGUCCUGGGAAGGCAUCCAGAGACCUGUGCGCCUGUUCAGGGUCAGCUAUGUCUCCAGCAAGGGUGGCCACUCAGGACAGACGGAGGUCCCUGGGAACGCCACCUGGGCCACUCUGGGCCCCCUCUCCUCCUCCACCACCUACACAGUCCGUGUCACCUGCCUCUACCCCAGGGGCAGCUCCUCCACACUGACCAGCCACCUGACCACACGGAAAGUCCCCAGCCCGAGCCAGCUGUCGGUGACCAAGCUCCCUGGGGACAAAGUCCGGCUGGAGUGGGCGGCCGCAGCGGCAUCUGGCGUGCUGGUCUACCAGAUCAAGUGGACGCCCCUGGGAGAUGGGAAGGCCCAUGAGAUCUCUGUCCCAGGGAACCUGGCCACGGCCGUCCUGCCUGGCCUGGGGAGGCACUUGGAGUAUGAGAUCACCCUCCUGGCCUACUACAGGGACGGGGCCCACAGCGACCCUGUGUCCCUCCGCUACAGCCCCCUCAGCCAGAGCCCGCCCUCUGACCUGGCCCUGGCCUCUGAGUCGCCCAACAGCCUGCGAGUCAGCUGGACGCCCCCGAGCAGCCACGUCCUCCACUACCGGCUCACCUACACACUAGCCUCAGGCUCAGGACCAGAGAAAUCGAUCUCUGUUCCAGGACCCAGGAGCCAGGUGACGCUCCCCAACCUGCUGGCAGCCACCAAGUACAGGGUCCUGGUCUCGGCCAUCUAUAGAGCCGGGGAGAGUGUGGCAGUGUCUGCCAUGGGCCGGACAGCAGCCUGCCCAGCCCUCCACCCUGACGGCUCCCUCCCAGGCUUUGACCUGAUGGCAGCCUUCGGCCUAGUGGAGAAGGAAUACGCCUCCAUCCGCGGUCUGGCCAUGGAGCCCUCGGCGUUUGGCCCGACCAGGACCUUCACGCUCUUCAAGGACGCUCAGCUGAUUCGCCGGGCCAGUGACAUCCACCCGGCCGCCCUCCCCCCGGAGCACACGGUGGUCUUCCUCCUGCGCCUGCUCCCCGAGACGCCCCGAGAGGCCUUCGCGCUGUGGCAGGUGGCGGCCGAGGACUUCCAGCCCGUCCUGGGGGUCCUGCUGGAUGCCGGCAGAAAGUCGCUGACCUACUUCAACCGUGACCCCAGGGCCACCUUGCAGGAGGUCACCUUCGACCUGCCCGAAGUGAGAAGAAUAUUCUUUGGGAGCUUCCACAAGGUGCAUGUGGCCGUGGGCCACUCGAAGGUCAGGCUCUACGUGGACUGCCGGAAGGUGGCUGAGAGGCCCAUCGGGGAGGCUGGCAGCCUGCCUGCUGCUGGCUUCGUCACGCUGGGGAGGCUGGCCAAGGCCAGGGGACCCCGGAGCAGCUCGGCCUCGUUCCAGCUCCAGUUGCUGCAGAUUGUGUGCAGCGACUCCUGGGCGGAGGAGGACAGGUGCUGCGAGCUCCCAGCUUCGAAGGAUGGAGAGUCCUGCCCCGCCUUUCCUUCUGCUUGCACCUGUUCCUUGCAGACCCCUGGGCCCCCGGGCCCCCAGGGACCUCCGGGCCUCCCUGGGAGGAACGGAGCCCCAGGAGAGCAGGGCUUCCCAGGGCCCAGGGGAGAUCCCGGGCCACCUGGACAGAUGGGACCUGAGGGUCCUGGAGGUCAGCAGGGGUCACCAGGCACCCAGGGCCGAACCAUCCAGGGACCCAUGGGUCCACCAGGGGUCAAAGGAGAAAAGGGGGACCAUGGACUCCCCGGCUUGCAGGGCCACCCCGGCCUCCAGGGCACCCCCGGGAAGGUUGGCAUCCAGGGACCAAAGGGAAUGAGAGGCCUGGAGGGGACAUCUGGCCUGCCUGGACCCCCUGGCCCUAGGGGUCUCCCGGGCACGGCGGGGGCCAGGGGCAGCAGUGGGGAGCGAGGCCCCCCUGGGGCCGUGGGGCCCACGGGGCUGCCGGGGCCCAAGGGCGAGCGAGGAGAGAAGGGUGAGCCACAGUCCCUGGCCACCAUCUACCAGCUCGUGGGCCAAGCCUGCGAGUCUGCCAUCCAGAGAUGGACCCUGUGCUGUCCCAAGUGAGCCCGCACUUCCCCCUGGAUCAGGGACACCAAGAGCGGCUGGAGAAACCUGGAGGGGAGGGAGAGGAGACCUUCGCUCUGUGCAGUUUCCAGAUAAACCAGAAUGCUUG